CGCUCGCGUAGAGCCUGCUGCUGUUAGCGAGGUUCGGCCUGGGCCAGGCUCGGCGAACGCUCGACGAAUGAUUGCCGCGGGCAGGAGUGGGCGUAGCAGCGGGACUCCGAGCGCCAGGACCGCCAGGACUGCCGGGGGUAGUCGCGCACCGAGUGACAGUUGGUCGCGCCGUCGCGGAGCAUCCUCUUCCUGCGGCGGGUGCCUGCGCGGAAAACGGUGAGACGGGGUCGCGGAGCGGACGUGACACGGAGGAGGAUGCCCGGCCAGCCCGGCGACGUGGGUGCGUGAGGCCGCGGACGAUGGAGUCGAGCGCGCUCCGCCUCCUCGAGGAGCCCUCGUGACGCUGCGACAGGCAUGCAUCAGAACAUGCAUCAGAACAGGCGGAAGAAGAAACGGGUCAACUACGGGGUGAGGGCGGUCGAGGUGGUGCGCGGCGCCAAGGGCUUCGGCUUCACGAUAUCCGGGCAGCAGCCGUGCAUACUCAGCUGCAUUGUGCAGGGCAGCCCGGCGGAGGGCGCCGGCCUGCGCGCCGGCGACUACCUCGUCGCCGUCAACGGUCACAACGUCAGCAAGGUGCCGCACGACGACGUGGUGCAGCUGAUCGGUAGCUCCAAGGGCAUCCUGCGGCUGCAGAUCGCCGAGAACUAUUACUCCGACUCCUCGGACGAGGAGGGCCACCUGGCCACCGUAAGAUCCAAGCCCAAGUACGCGCACAAGCCGCGGGCCGCUAACGCGAGUGCUUUGCAGUUGCAAUGCAGGGCGGCGAAGGUGGUCAGGGAUCUGCAGAGCGGCGCGAUGUUCCACACGGUCCCGGCCGACCUGGCGGCGCCCGACCCUAAAACCCCCUACGAUUGCCCCGCGCCGCAUUACCGCUGGAACAUGACCAGCCCGCUACCGCCGCCGCCGCCGCCGGCGUCUCACAAGCGCGACUCCGAGAAGAUCGUGCACAGAACGGUCGUCGGCUACCUCGGCACUAUCGACAUACCGAAUCAGCUGCAUCCGUCCUCUAUGAUGCAGGUCUUGAGAAAAUGCAUCAAGAGACUGAAGGCCGAGAAGCGAAAUCCAACCACCGUCCUCCUCACCAUUCACGUAGCCAACAUCAAGCUGACCAAUUCGGAGAACCGCGUUAUCGCCGAGUAUCCCUCGUACCGGAUAAUAUUCUGCAACUCCUUCUCCGAGCAGGACAAGCAGUACUUCGGGAUAUUGACCAAGUCCAUGAAGAACACGGACGACAUCGUCUCGAACUCGUGUCACGUCUUCACUAUUUAUUACAAGCUGAUCGACCACGAGGUGCACUCCCGCGCGUGUAACGUGUUCGGAUUUAUGUGUACAAAGUCGUCGGAGCUGAACGUCUGCCAAGAGUUCCCCGACAGUUGUACGAGCCUGAUCGGUGCCAUACAGACGUUGUACAUAUCCGAUUGCACCAACGGGGAGACGAGCCCGUACAACGAGGCGCGCAUACGCCUGGACGCCGCUUCUCCGCAGCCGAGCAACAUCAGCACGUCGACCGCCCACUCGAGCAACAGUGACUCCGGAAUUGGUUUCAAGGACGACUACGUCAGCUGCUCGGGCAAGAACGCGAACGACUGCGACCGAAGAAGGCAAUAUUCCUCCAAUAUGCAAUACAGGAAUGUAAGCGCGCGAUUAUCCAGAGAGCCGGUCAAUGAGGCUGCGGGACACCGAUUGACAGUCCGCGCGACCUCGGAGGCCAGAUUGUGGUGCGAGGAACUGAAAUUCGACCCCUCCAAAGGUAACUCGACCAGUUCGAGACAUGACGCGGCAAAAAAUGAGCGUCCCUCGCGCAACUUUUGGAAUUGCUCCGAGAAAGAACGAGGAACAGAAUUCGCCUACCUUCGGAGCUUGUGCGCGACUGUAACAGCCGCGAGAUGUGGUGGGGAACUACGAAAUGUGCUUUUCACAGAGAUGCGGCACUUGGCGGGGAGUGGGGAGGGUGCGACCACCACCUGCGCCGGAACAUCUGCCCCUGCUGCGACGGUGCGCAUUAUGUUGGCCAGUACGUCCGUUGGGUCCCUCGCGUCCGUUUGCACCGCGGCGCUGCUCGACGGCAUCGAGGACGCGGCGGAGUCGUCUAAAGUCGCGCCGAGAGGUACCGAAACGGAGGGACUGCAACGUCUCAUGGACACUACGAGCAAGCUCAGCCCGAAGGUGUACUGCGGCCAGGUCGCCAAGUCGCUGGUGCACAGCCUGGAGGACAUCAACUCCGGCAUGGAGUACGCGCGGCCGCCCUACUGUCACUCGUAUUCCGGCAAGUCCGACAAGCCUCGUCCGUGGGGAAGCCUGCAGGAGAUACGGAAUUUUCGCAGCAGCGCCUCGGACAAUUGCAUAUAUGGCAGUACAGAGUCCUGCGACAAGAACAGCGACUGCAAAGGAGUGCACACGUGGGCAAAUGGAUUUGAGAAACUGUUGGAGGAUCCAAAGGGCUUGCAAACGUUCGCUGAAUUUCUCAAGAAGGAGUUUAGUCAUGAAAAUAUAUAUUUUUGGGCCGCUUGUGAGAGAUACAAGGAUACUAAAGAUGCCGCUCUUCGCCGUCGAUUAGCUUAUCAGAUAUAUCAGCGCCAUUUGUCGAGUACAGCCGCCGAGCCAGUAAACGUUGAUAGUCAUGCGUCGGGACAAAUUACCCAAGAAUUACUCGACGAGGCACCCGCGGAUUUAUUUCUGCAGGCUCAGAAACAAGUGUUCAACCUGAUGAAGUUCGACAGUUACCCGAGAUUCCUACGAUCGGAACUUUAUCGUGCCUGCUUGGAAGCGGGGAGCGCCGUUGUCGAUACAGAAGACUGUGAUCUACAUCUUACGAGUUCGCCUAGCGUAAAAUUAAAGAAGAGUCAUUCCGAUGCGGAAGAUCGUUGUCGCAAAUCGAUUCUUCCCUGGAACAGAAAGAAUAGGUCCAAGUCGAAAGAUCGUGGUGAAUCCGAGUACAACAAAGCUCCUAGCCGAAGUGAGACUAUAUAUAAAAGUUUUACAGUUAUUAAGAGAGAAACGGAAGGUAACAAUAAUGAGGACACCGUGUCAAUAUCCAGUAGUCGGUCGUCAUUAGCGUCGUGGGAUUUGGCGUUACGGCAGUCGUUUAAUAAACACUCUGUAUCGUCUCACGAUGGGCAAACAAAUGAAAAGAGAGACCGCGGCAAAUGUACGGGUUUAUGUCGAGUUAUAUUGCCUGAUGGGUCCACUACUGUAGUGACAACCAGUCAAACCGAGAGCAUUAAAGAUGUGGUUACCCGUCUCCUCGAUAAGCGAGCUCUACGAUAUUCUAACUAUGACGUUCUGAUACUAGCAACAGAUGAGAUGGUGGACACAAAAUGUUUUUCAUCAGUAUUAGCAGGCCAGGAAGUGGAAGUGGUUCUUACAAAAGUUUUAAAAGUAGAAUUACCCUCGCGAAGGAUAAUAAGCGUUAUCGCUCACAAGGGCAAAACUUUGAAGGAAGUUUUGAGACCUCUUCUAAAUAAAUAUGGUUUUAAUUUAGACUUGAUUAGUAUUUGGAGCGAAGGCCGUUGCGUUCCUAUGGAUAUUAUGGCUAUCAAUGCUCCUACGCGCAUUAUUGUAGUGGCGAAUGAAGAAGAUUUUCAACGGGAGUUGCAUACUGCCAAGUAUUUAGAUGAAGUGCCACACGCCCAACCGACUCUGGAUGAAAUUACUAAUAAAGUAUUUGAGGAACUUCUAGUUGGGAAAAGCAGAAAUAAGUAUCAGUAUAGUGAAGGGUCAUGCAAGUCGGAUGAUCAACGUUCGGAAAGCUCUUCCAUCUUAUCUAGCAAAUUCUUUCUUCGGGAUUCAACAAUUCACGGGAAGAAGAAGGCAAAAUCUAAGUGUUGCAACACAAAUGAGAAGAGUAAUGCAAACGAUUGCAUACAUGAGGGAGCGCCCAUUAAAUCUCAGCCACCACUUAUCGCAAAGUGGCGUAACGGUGUAAAAUUGCAACUUCCAGGCAGAUUUGACGGAGAUGAUUUAUACGAGGGAUUGAAAAGGGCACAAAGGUCGAGAUUAGAGGACCAGAGAGGGACUGAAAUCAACUUCGAACUGCCAGAUUUCUUAAAGAACAAGGAGAACGGGAAACCACCGAAUUCUAACAAAAUGCGAAGGAAUCGGGUAGUGUCGGCUAAUUGCGAGGGCACCGCCAAGUUUUACGACUCCAGCGAGGAUAAGCAAAGCAGCAGCGGAUACGAAUAUCCCGCGCACGUGACUAAUGGAACCGCGAACGAACAAUUCGCAGCCUUGGUUAAUAUUACCGAGUCUGUAAGCAAGUGCCUUGACAGCUCGUUCACUCUAGACGGUGACCGGACGCUGGUGGACGGAGAUCAAACGAUUAUCGAGAACGGCUCAGAUUCCCCAACGAAAAGCCCGCACUCAGGGAGCUACGGGAGCGCGGACAUGUCGCAUACGAAACUGUCGAAGCCUCCGCCGUUACCGCCGAAGCCCAAAAAUCUUGUCGUAAACGUGGUGAAGAGCGGAUACAUCGCGUCCCCGAAAACUCUACAAAGGCCUAACCAUGUGAUCGAGUGAAACAACCGAACACUAUGUAAAGAGAAAGAUAUUUUUUAAUUAACGUAACGUCUCGCUUUUAGCAUAGCGUUUCAUGUGAUGCCACGAUUAACGGUACGAUACCUGAGUAAACUCCUUUAUUACGUUUACGAUUUAUUAGAAGGGAUGGCUCCGUGCGGGAGUUUAUAUCUGGACGGAGAAUACAGGGCAACAUUAAUCGUAUUCCUCUAUUAUGCAGGUUUUUUUUUAUUAUAUAUUUACAUUCCGCAACUUAGAUUUUAUCCCGAAAACGUUCUGUCCUGUCGUGCCUUGAUCCUAGGAUGCUAUUGCACGUAAAUUUUAUUUUACUUAUUUCUUAUGUUAACGAAAUGUCGAUUUUUAAUCAUGUGUUUUCCUGUUAAUUUUAACUUUUGUACAUAUCGCGUUUUGCAUUGAUAUCGAGACUAACAUAAUGACAGUUUCGUGUCUCACGUUAAUCAUUUAUUUAUUUUUUAUCUAAAUAUUUAUUUAAAAAAUGAAUGCAAUGAUAUAUUGAGAUGACAUUUUUUUGUCGUUGUCUAAGAGCGGUCGAUAUAUUUAUAGUUGAUGGGUCUCGAGUUCGAUUCCGAACUUGAUCUUGCGAGUGAAGGAAUAUGACGUAAUCCGUUGCGGAAACCCAUAUCUUUUGAUAAGAUAGAAGUUUGUCUUUUAGUUUUAUGUAAUACUUACAAAUCGUAGCAUUGCUGAACGACGAUAGCAUUCUAGGAUCAGAUUAGAUGUGUAAUGAUAAACGUAGACAUGAUAUAUAUUAUAUAUUUUAUAUACCCGAGUUUCUUCGCAAACCGUUUUGACCAGAGAAACAAGAAAAGUCCAGGUGACGACAAUCUAUGCGCUUAUUAGGUGAUUAUAGGAACAAAUGUGUAAUAAAAAGAAAGGUAUGUGCUCCGAAGGAGCAUGGUAGGAUAAAGAAAAGGGACGCUCUGCUUUCAGUAUUUCCAAUAAGUUUAUUAAUUAGAUAUAACUUCCAAAAAGGAUCGCGUCCUGUGUGGUAAUUUUCAUGAAGUCAUUACGCACGCUGGGGGAAAACAUACGUGCGUCGCUUUUUGUAACAAACGGAAGAUACUCAUCGUAGAGAGAAUUGUACGAGACAAAUUCAUUUAUAUAUCGUAUUGGUGGGGCAUCUAUUGCGACAUGCUAAUAUAUUGUAUUAUGUGAUUGUCUGAAACUCUUAGGCAAGCUCUAAUAAAUUUUUUUAAUUUUA